AUCCGCAUUUCAGUUUCACUUUGCAGCAGCUUUCGCUCCCUGCAGUAGGUGAUGCCCUCAAGACCCACGAGCAGCCAGGGCACGUUUUUUACUUUCCUUCUAUGCUGACGUCUCAUUGUUCCGUAUUCUCCCUGCGGUUCAUUGACCAGCUAUUGGCUGAUCCACGUUUCGCCGCCCGCUUGCAAGCACCGUCCGUCUCUUUUUACGGAUCCAACCUCUACCUCCGUGCCCCUGCGGUGCUCGAAGAGGCAACACGGCCGAAUCUUUCCAAGCCACUCAAAGAGCUCAUGGAUGGAGUGGGCUGUGUGAAUGGGGAGGAGUGCGGAGAGAACAAGGGUGUUUCGGCUGGAGGCGUGUUGAAUGUGAACGAUAAGAAGCUAGCAGGUGUGCUUAGAGUGAGGGUCUCUUUCAAAGAUGAACUGUGA